AUGAGUGGGUCUGAAACGCUUGAAUUGAGUACUUCACUUAUUUGUGUUGGGUCUUUUGUUUUGAUAGUCUUUAUCAUAUUUACUUAUCAUUAUCUUGAUACUUCAUUCACAAGUUAUUUGUCUUAUUUAUUGAUUCCUCUUCAGGUUAUUGUAACUUCUAUUUUAAUUACUUUAAAUAUAUAUGAGUUUGCGUCAAAAAAGCCAAUGUUCACUGAUCUAGAUGAUAUAAAUUAUGUUAUUAUUGCUAUAACAGUAACAUUAGCCAUAAUUUUUUGUAUUAUUAUUCCGUUUUCAAGUGUAGUAUUAAAUGAUAAACAAAUGGUUAUAAAUGCUUUCAGGGUUACAUUGGCAAUCACCUCAUUUAUAGUACUUUUAUUUAUUAUCAUUCCAUUGGUUAUUAAUGGUAAUAUAUCAGAUCAAAAUGAAUAUUCUUUUGAUUCUAUUUUUGUUAAUCUUGAUAAAGAUGCAAAGCAGAACCUUUACAAACUUUUAAUUCAUAACUCUAACUCAAUUAUUGAAUUAAUUAUAAGUGGAGCUUGUGCAGUAUUUAUGACAAUGACAUUGUUUGGAAGAUUGUUAACUAUAUAUUAUGGUGGUUAUGGGGUAGUUUCAACUGGAGUUGAAACAAUAAGAGGAACCAUUUUUAAUCAACAACUACCUUAUGUAGAGAAAGAAAAACAAUUCCUUUCGGAUUUAAUAAAUUCUCUACAACAACGUUAUACUCAAUACCCAGAGUAUACAAAAAUAAAGUUAGAAAUAUUUCAAAAAAGAUAUGAAACAUUACACUCUCCUAAAAAAUUAACUUCAACUCUCUCAAUAAUUUUUAGAAUUUCAGGUGGUAUUUUAGCGAUUCUUUUUUCUCUGUCUUAUGUAAUUUGUAUUACUGUAAGUUUGUAUGGUUCUAUCUUAUAUUCAGAUUGUGGGUGGAGAUGUGGAUUUAUACCACAAAGAACGGGAGAAAUAUUACCAAUUGAAUACAUUCUCAUCUCAUUAAAACAUCAAAACAUGUUUUUUAUUAGGUUUCUUUUUAUGUUGUUAUUGACUUUCCAUUGUUCAUUUACUGUGUUUCUAGGAAGUCGUCGUUUAACAACAAAAUUUCCAGGAAUUUCCAAGUUUGUUCUUAGAAGAAAGAAAACACUUCCUGGAUCUGUUGUUUUGAUUGUUGCAUUCAUUUGUCUUUCAGCAAUAGGAUUUCUCACUCAAAUUAUUACCCUUUGUCCUAACAUUUUAUUAUAUGGUUCUCAAUAUGACAAUAAUGGUAAUCAUUGUACUAUGGAAUCUACAGAUCAAAAUUGUGUUCCAACUGGAAUUAGCAAAGUAUUAUUUAAAGUUAUUGGAACAGUACCAUAUCUUGGUUUGAUUAUUUAUUUAAUGAACUUGCUUUAUAUUUUGUGUACUUCAAUCUGUACAUUUAAUGAAUUAAUUUUAUUAUUUAAUACUAUAUUUCAUAAAACAGAAAAACUAUUAAAACCUAAUUGA